AUGGGCGGCGGAGAUAAAGAAAUCCGCCACCAAGAGGCGGCGGCGCCGCAGCAGAUACCCAAAGGGUUUGUGGCGGUGAUAGUGGGCACAGGCGGCGGCGGAGAUGAGGAGGAGCAGCAGCGGAGGUUUGUGAUUCCAGUUACGUACUUGAACCAUCCUUUGUUCUUGCGUCUUCUCAAAGAAGCCGAAGAGGAGAACGGGUUCCAUCACGACGGCCCGCUUAGCAUUCCCUGUCCCGUCGAGGAGUUCCGCCGCGUCCAGGGUUUGAUCGAUAAAGAAACCGCCCGCCACCGCCACCACCUCGGCGGCAACCAUUCUUGGUGCUUCAAGAUCAGGGCUUAA